AUGGAAAACCUACUGCAGGGGAUUCCUUUCGUGGUUGUGCGAGUGGAUGAUAUUUUGGUCUCUGGUUCGAAUGAUGAGGAACAUUUAGCAAAUUUAGAAGAAGUUCUAAAACGGUUGUCAGAGCAUGGGUUACGCCUAAAGAAGAAGAAGUGUGCCUUCAUGGUGAACGAGGUGGUGUAUUUAGGCCAGAAGAUAAAUAGCGAAGGAAUACAACCAAUCCAAGAGAAAGUCAGAGCCAUCACCAAUGCACCGGCACCGACGAAUGUGUCUGAAGUUCGAUCAUACUUGGGAAUGAUCAACUAUUACCAAAAGUAUUUACCAAAUUUAUCAACGAUUCUGGCACCACUGCACAGCCUGUUGGAAAAAGGGAAAAGUUGGAAAUGGAGUGAAGAGUACCAAGAGGCAUUUAGAAAAUCCAAAGAGUUAUUGAAGACCUCACACCUAUUGGUGCAUUAUGACCCGGAGAAGGAGUUAAUACUGGCUUGCGAUGCUUCACCAUAUGGCUUGGGGGCUGUUUUGUCACACCGGAUGGAAGACAACACAGAACAACCAAUUGCAUUUGCCUCGAGAUCACUGUCCGCAGCUGAAAAAAACUAUUCUCAACUAGAGAAAGAGGCGCUAGCCAUCGUAUUUGGUGUCACGAAAUUUCACCAGUACGUGUAUGGUCGACAUUUCACCAUACUGACAGAUCACAAGCCGCUUGAGCGGGUACUUCAUCCGGAUAAAAUGACACCACCAAUGGCUGCAGCUCGAAUUCAGCGGUGA